AUGGGCACAGCAGAUCAUCCCGAAUCCCGAGACAAGGUUAUAUGCGGCCAUUUUAUUUUCCGAGGGAUCGAUCCAAUUCGUCAGUCACUAACGAAAAGUGAUGGUAAUGGAAGAAUCCGGGAGGCAUCGCGCAUGCAUAUGCAUCAAGCUCGAGGUUCGGGAAGCAAUGAAAGACUACUCUAUCAUGAAGCCUAUCACAAGCCAGUAAGAUGUGGACUGCGUGAGUGUGGAGGGGGUCAGGCACCAGAUGGAAUGAGGGUACAUUGCAACAAGAGGAGAACUGUUUGCAGUGGACUGAGGUUUGAAAGGCUGGCUUACAUACCGUUUACCUACGUAUAUACUUGGUGGACGAGAAGAGAAAUGAGGACGUAUAUAUUGGUGGGAGGUUGGAAGAGAUGGAUUUACAACUUGUCGGAAUAA